AUGAUAUUAAAUAGUUUGAAACUUGGAGAUCCAUCAUUGUCAAACGAUACAAAAUGUACUAAUGUUAUAUUCACACCAGUUGAAUCCUUAAACCGUCAGAAAAGACAAGUAAAUGCGACUUUAGAUCAAAAUACAGAACAAGGUAUUCAAGGAACAGCAAAUAUAGAAAUUCCAACUUCUCAAGCAAAAGAAUUAACUACAGAAACAUUUACAAAUAUUAUUAAUUCUGGUAUUGAGAAAUCAGACGACAAUCUGGAAUGA